CGACUCUUACCACCACGCACGUGAGUGAUGUAUAGAUAGCGCCCGAACACUCGCCAAAAGCUUGUUUGUUGAAUCACAAAAGUCCGUCAGUCGACUAAACCCAAUCGUAGCAAUAACAAGAACGUCGCAAGCUUUUCCGAUAGUGACGGACAAGCGAAACGAUGGCUGGAACGAUCCCCGGCGACGAGAAACAGGUGCGGAGCCGGCAACCCAGCCAGGACGAAGGGUCGAGGUUGCUCGGCGAACCGGCCGAGGACAGCUUCUGUCAGCGCAUCAAGCCCAAAGUGAGCCUGUGCCUGGGCACUACGGCCGUGCUAUCGUUUAUGGUGUUCCUGUUCCUCGUACCGUUCGUCGUCGACCCGGCGGUGUCCCGACUGAUCGCCCGAUACUCGCCGGAGCCAGGCACGUGCGCGCUACACGAGCACGUGUUCGCCGCGGGCCUGAGCAAAUGUUCAUGGUCGUCGUGCCGAGAAGGCUGCACGUCGGCCACAACGAAGUGCCAUCAGAUCACAGUGAACUAUUCGCUGACGCCGUACAAACAAUACGAACAGGACCAUAUGUCUCCCGAGUCGCUGGAAUGGGCGGGUACAGUGGUCCGGUUCUUGGUGAACACCGAAGGCUGCGGUUAUCCGCCGUUCGUUAAUUGCACCACGUUCGCUCUGAAGUACGGUCACAUCAAUGAGGAGGAUAUCCCCGAGAUCAACCACAUCACCCAGCCGGUGAUCCGAGAACUGUACAGGCACGGUAACGACACGUCACUCGGUACACCUCCUCCGCCAAUUUUAUUGGAAGGCGCCUCUGACGAUACGCAACAGUCGACGGCAGUGGACAGGCGGGAGAGAGAAGUUUCCGAGCUGUCAGAGUUUGAAAUGAAAGUGUUUCCGUGCUACUACAGCCGUGCUUACCCGGACAGAGUGGUGGCCGACUACGACUGGCACCACACGAUCAAGACCCUGGUGGCCGCCGUAGUCAUACCCUGGACGUUGUUUGUCCUAUCGUGCACUGUGCUGUGUUACUGGUACUGUCCGGCACUCAAAAGGGAGUUCAUGGUUGACAAGAGGAAGACGGCGGCAGUCAAAAACGAAAACCCUCAACUCGUAAUCAGGAGAAAAUUGUCCAAACGACCAUUCAGCACAGACGAAGAAGAUGGCGAUUAUUGAUUUAUAGAUACACACAAUAUUUGCUAUUAUAUAAUGGCUUUUUUCAGACACAGAAGCGAGUGCUAAAUUUUCAGUUCACUAAUUCGGUCUAACUAUGUUUAUAUUUACAUUUAUAUUCCGCUUUAACUUCACCAGAAUGUAAUUAAAAAAUUAUGUAACGCCAAAAAUUAUUUUUUAUUUUAAAAAUAUUUAUUUUUACUUAAUAUGAAUUUAUAUUUAUUUACAAAGCCUAUAAAAGCGAAUCACUUUAAUUCUAAAUAUAUUAUUUUUUAUACAUGUAUAUUUCACUUUUUAUAAUAGUUUAUAUAGACGUAUGAUAAUAAUAUACAUAAAUAUAAUUAAAAUAUAAAUUGUAUGCCGCUUGUUCAUAAAUAAGUUAUUAUAUAAUACCCUAUUUAUAUAUAUGAAUAACUGUUUAUAUUAUAAAUAAAAUGUAUAUCAAAUAAA